GUUGAAACUUGCAAGCCUCAGAAUCACUUGUCUCCAAUUCUAGUUCUCUCUCUUAUUGCAGGAUCAAGAUAUCAAGUCUUACAAGCUUCAUAACCUUUUGGUACAACAUUUCAGCAAAUAGCUUUCAAUCUUUGCCCUCAGCAUCCCAAAAUCACAUUGAAUCUCAAUCACUUCAAGUCAAGAGGCAAUUUCAAGACUUAAAGGGACUCAAACUUCCAGCCAAUUUACUAUAAGAGGUAUUGGUGCAUUAGAGUUCAACCACAAUUGCAGCCUCAACGUAACGGGUUUUGAAGUCCUUGCAACGGCACUGCAACUGCAAUUGCGACAUUUUCAACCUGCAUUUGUCUGCAAUUCCACAGUCGCAACUGCAAUUUAAAACCUUUCUUUGUGUGUGAAAUUAAACAUGGGAAACUACAUUUCUUGCACUCUAUCAACAGCAGGAAGCAAGCACUCAAGAGCCAUAAAGGUGAUCUUCCCAAGUGGAGAGAUCCAGCAAUUUGAAGAACCCAUCAAAGCAGCAGAGCUCAUGUUUGAGAUGCCAAGUUUCUUUGUGGUGAACACUAGAUCCUUACAAAUUGGAAGGAGAUUUUCCGCCCUCAACGCCGACGAAGAACUCGAGUUUGCAAAUGUUUAUGUGAUGCUUCCAAUGAAGAAGCUCAGCUCUUUGGUCACAGCAGCUGAUAUGGGUGCUUUGUUACUCACUGCAAAUGCAGCAGCCAAAAGGGUCUCUGGUGCAAAAGUGAGAAUUCUAUUUCCAAAUUCUAAUAUUGUGGAAGAGAAAGAGACAUAUAUGGCAAUGGAAUCACCACCCAAAUUGAACUUGGAUGACAUUGAAGAGUUCUCUAGCCAGGAAUUCAUUCACAGGUUGUCCUUUUGCAGAUCAAAGAAGCCAUUGCUGGAGACUAUUGCAGAAGAACCAUUGUGUUCAAUGUGAAAGAUUAUCUCUGAAUUUCUUUCGAGCUAGCAGAAGAUUUUUUCAAGAAACUGCAUGCAUCUUUUGCUAUUGGGUGGAGGUAAUUAUAUAUGGCAAAGAAGUUAUAGCUUUGAAGACAUUGAAAGGGUGUGGAUAUUAUGAUGAUUAGAUUGCUUUAAUGAGGGGCUCAAAGAGUUCUCUGUAGACUAAUUAAGUCCAGUUUGUGGCUUUCUUGGUCCUUUUUUGUGAUGAAGGGUCAUGUUCCAUGUUGCCCUGCAUCAUUUUAUGGAUUCUUUUUUCAGUGAUUGGAAUUGUAUGUAUUGUUAAACUAAUUCAAAACAUGCAGUGCUGAUAGGUAAUUCUAUGAAUCAGGUGUUAGAUUUCAUUGCCUAGCUAAAUCUUCAAUUCAUUGUAGGUUUCUGCUGGUGUCCAAUAAAUUCAGUUUUUAGUUGUA